AUGUCCACAGCUGCAGCAUUCUGCACAGAGACGUCAAACUCAGCAACAUUCUCGUCACCGACACAACCGAGCAGCAGCAGCAGCAGCCGCAGCAGCAGGGGCAGCAGCAGCAGGGACGGCGCGCGCUGCCCGAGCAGCAGCAGCAGCAGCAGCAGCAGCAGAAGGGGGGAGUUGAGCCGCGGAGGAGCAGGAAGUGCAACACGGUGGCGGAGGCGCCUCUCGCAGCAGCAGCAGCGGGGAAGAGCAGCAGCAGCAGCAGCAGCAGGGGCCCCUGGGUGCAGCGCGGAGAACAGAAGCACUUAA